GACCCCACCUGGCUUCCUAAGGGGCAAAAGUACAUGUUGUUUCUCUUAGUUGACCUUUGUUUCAUAUUUGCCCUAUAUUCUAAAGCAGGAUAUGCCACUGCCUCAAUUCCACAGGCAAGGGGCUAUAAAUAUACAGCCAAAUCUUGUGUUAGAUUUUUUUGAAGAGAGAGCGAGCAGUGGACUUACAGACUGUAGAUUCCCUACGGCAUCUUCUGGAAGGAGAAGGGCCUUUGACUUCUGCUGGUGCCAUGUAAGAUAUAUCCUACUGCCGGGCAUUUCCUGUGUUUAUUCCUUGAUUGUACUCCUGUUGUUUUAUAAAUCAACCCAAAUGUUUAUUUCAUUAAAUUGGCAUAAUCUGAGGAGGGGCUCUUAUUUCACCCCAUGUUCUACUGCUGUACAAUUAAUAGCUCAUAAUUCCUGAAAUAUUACAUCUCUGGGAAAGCCUUCUUGAACAAAAGCAUUUUCAGUGAGCACAUGAACAUCACAGUGCUGGGUGCCUGUCUAAUUUCAGCUGGCAACUGGUUCCAGAGGGUUGGAGCUGCAACACUAAAUGUCUGAUUUCUAGUCCAAACUAAGCCCACCUCUGGGUCAUGCCAUGUGGUCAGCAGUGCCCCAACGGAGGAAGGCAGUUGCUGGGCAGCGAUAUAUGGGUGAGGCAGUUCCUUAGCUAAUUACUGAGGACCCCCUAUUUUUCAAAGGCCAAGCCAUGGACCCUCAACUUUUGAAAAUUUUGAUAACUAUGAUAGUUACCUCUGCAAAGCAAUGUUGAGGUAGCCCCUAAUAAGCAAAGGAUUUUAGGUACCGUAUACUAAAAAAACAGGCUAGGGCUGGUUUUCAACAUCCUGAUAAAUCAGCAGCUAAACAGCAUGAUAUUUUGAUAUAUCACAAUGUCUGAAAUUGGAGAUCAGGCAUGGAGAUGAGGGAAGAAGCAGCCAUAGAGAUCAGAUGGGGGUGGGGAGAGGAAGCGGAGUCACCUCCACCUCAUGUUUUGAGUGGGAGGGGAGAGGGAUUGGGGGCUGGCAGCCAGAGAAGAUGCAGUCCACUGUGUCUGCUGCUGCUUUCCUGCUGACUAAGAAGAGCUGUUCCGCCCUGAAGUGAGGGUGAUCAGCUUUUAUCCAUCAGUGUGAGGGGAAGGCAGCACCUCACAAUCGGCUGCCCAGCUUUUCCUCACGCAAGGAGCGAUGUAUUGCUGCAUGUUGCUCUGUCAAAAUCGUUACCACGUUGUGAUUCAAAACCGAUUUUGGCCAAUAUAUUGAAAAAUUGCACAGAAGUAAAACAGACCAUAAAAUUGUGAUAUCACCAUGCAAAAAUGAUAAAAAAAUAGGGGGGGGCCAGGCAAGGGAACCACGGCCUUAGGUGACUGUCUGGUGCAAAGAGUCAGAACGGUCUCUGAAGUUUUCAAGUCCGUGGCUUCAGUAAAUGAGCUGACCCAGAAUGUUGGAAGAGAAGCUGCAGAAAGAAAUUGAGACAUUUUUAAGGGAAAAUUGUGGAACAACAUUCCCUGCUACCUGGCCAAUUUGCUGACUUUUAUUGCAGAUAAUAUAAUAAAGAUGUUAUUAAAAGUACAGUAAUAAAGAGAGAAAUAGUUAUAAAUAAGAAUAUAAUAAAUAAUAAUAAUACUUUACUUAAUAAUCAUGGAAAGAUAUGUCCAUAAAUGGGCAUGUUCUCCUAUGGACAGAGAGCCACAGAAAUAAAACAGACAGAUGACUCAAGAGACCCAGAGGUGUGCUUCACCUCAUAUGUUUUCACACGCAAGGUUUCCGAAACAGAAUCUCAAUCGCAAAUGGCAUAUUUAAAUUAUGGAUUGCAGUGUGCCUGUCAGAGGACACAAAUUGCGCACCUUCUGCCGUGACUCUUGCAGCGAAGGCAUGCAUGUGACUUGGCCUGCCCUGCCUCUCUUUGCACUGGCAUCCGCAAAAGGGUACAGGCAGGGUCUGAUGACACAGCCACACAUUUAAAGGGAAAGCGGGCGAUCCGGGAAGGAUUAACAACAGAGCAGAAGCCACCGCAGGGGAAGUGGAUGGUGGCUUUGUAAGGGGAAAAGAUGCAUAUUCAGGAAAAUGCAUAAGACUGCCAUCUUAAAGGGUUUGGUUUAUAUCUGCAAGAAAAGAAAGGCAAUUGAAAUGUGGGCAUGCCUCAGGUUUGGUGUGCCGGGAGAAGCGUGAGUAUCCCUCUAAACUGAUGCCAUGCACACGCUCCAACCAUCUCAGGAUGAUGACAGGCACAGGAGGAGCCGUCAUCUGCAGCCAAGAGAUAGAAAGAAAAAAUAGAUUCUAGGGCCCGCCCUAGCCAGAUUCCCUUCUCACCCAGCAGCAGGCAAAAUUCCCAUGUAACAGAGGCAAUCCUGCCACCAGCUGCCUCUGCCAGCCUAUUUAGGGCAUCAUUAAGGCUGCUCAAGUGUGAUCAGACUUCUCCGGGAAAUGUUUAUGUGCAAAUGUCACCUAUUGUGCUCUUCUGCAGUUCCUGUUCCUUUCAAAGAGCCUCAUGCAAGGGGACUCCCUAAGGAUUGGGCCCCAUAUAAAUUAGUGCAUUGGGUGCAGUUUGGAUUUCUCACCUCCCAUCAGACUCCACAAUCUCUUGGAACAACCCUUCCUGAUAAUGUCAAAAUGUUUUGUUCUGAUUAUAUUUUCUGUUUGAAGUUUUUUCCUGGCAAUUUUGAAAAACUCAGCCUUAAUGCCAGACAAGAAGCAGCUGUAGAUUCAGACCAGGUAUUAUGAGUGCACAUACACCAAACGAGCCAUCAUGCAUGGGACCAGGCAACUCCACAGCACAGACUCUUGGUUCAGCUCCAGUGCAGUCACCCACAGUGUAAUUUAUUGUUCACAAAAUCAUAACACACUUUCUGAAUCAAGAGAUGCUUGAAGAAGACCAUCUGCAAUUCUCAGUCAGCACUGAGCAACUGCUAGCAGAGAAUGCAAAUUAAAAUUGAUUUUCAAUAUGUGGUUAUUGUACUAAUCAGUUAAUGUGCUAUUGCUUUCUAAUGAGAAAUGGUCUGGUAUCAGAAGACCACCUUACAGUGAAUCAGAUCAGGCCAGUAGUCCAUUCAGUUGAGGGUCAUCAUUUUGAGCCAAACCCUGUUCUGACAAGGCUCGUAAGCAGCCUUUACCAUGUCACAGGUACCCCCUGAGCAUGUGCAGAGUGUGCACAUGUCCCUUGGAGAGACAACUUUACCAGAUGUACACAUCCCCAGAGGUUGGCCAAGACUGGUCAGUACAAAUGGCAAUGCUGUUUGUCUUCAUGACAACAUUUACAGGUAGCAGAAGUAGUGCAAGAAAGAUUUAAUAGUGCCCUAAGUGAAAAUGGACUUUCCAGAUGUCUGGUUUUGGUUUCACAUGGGUAAGAAGCAUGGGAAGGGAGACAAGAAGGAGGCAUAUAUAAGGGAUCCUGAGGGUCAUCUAGUCCAACCCCUUGCAAUGGAGGAAUCGCAGCUAAAGCAUCCAUGACAGUUGGCCACCCAACCUCUGCUUAAAGACCUCCAAGGAAGGAGAGCCUACCACCUCACAAUGAGUUUGUUCCACUGUUGAACAACUGUUACCAUCAGAAAGUUCUUCCUGAUGUUUAGUCGGAAUUUCCUUCUUGUAAUUUGAAGCCAUGGGUUCGGGCCAAACCUUCCAGAGCAGGAGAAAACAAGCUUGCUUCAUCUUCCAUGUGACAGUCCUUGAUAUAUUUGAAGAUGGCUAUCAUAUCUCCUCUCUGUCUCCCCUUCUCCAUGCUAAACAUACCCAGCUCCCUCAACCGUUCCUCAUAAGGCUUCCUUUCCAGACCCUUGGUCAACGUUCCAGCGUGUCAAUUUCCUUCUUAAAUUGUGGUGCCCAGAACAUCAAGUGUGGCCUGACCAAGGCAGAAUAAAGCAGGACUAUACUAUUACUCCAUAUGCAAAGUACCAAGCCUUUAUAAUGCAUUUCAUUUCAGUUGGCAUGGAAUAUCCUUUGACCUCCAUUCAUGGAAGCUGCCCAUUAAAAAAAAAAAGAACUGUGCGUAUGCAAAUUUGUGGCCUUGCAAAUGAGCCUUCCACCUUUUCCCUCAUCCAUUCUCAAGAUGGCAAUUAAUGCUGGGACAUUUCCUUCAGGGUGACCUAGUUUUAAUUAUCUCUGCAUUGCUUCCGGAUUAUCUUCCUGGAGCUUUUUUCUAGUGGGAGUAGGUUGAAUCAAAACAUACCAUUUGGGACAGGCAAUAUAAAAUCCUGAUGUUUACCAAUCUAUAGGUUAUUUCCCCCCAAAUGCCAGCAUAGAUAAGUGUCAUUAACUUUAUCCAUAUCCAAUUUCCAUCUGUGGCAUUUAGAGGGAAAGGAGAAACUACCUCUUUCCCAUGACUCUCGUUGAUGUCAUCAGUUUAAUGGAAAUUCCUGCGUGGCCCUCCCUUAAUCUCAGCUCCACAGCUGUUGCAAACCACACUGAAUUUUCCUCCAGGAACAGAAGGUGUCUGUGUUGCUGGGUUUUCACGGGUGGCCCAAGACUCUUGCACUGGAGUGGUUGUUCUUUUUGGAGGAGGGUGUGGUUGCUAUUGGUUUCUUUAAAUAUUUAUUUUAGGUCUUCUUGUGAUUUAUGUGCAAAUUGUUCAGUUUGCUUGUGUGUUAAUGUUUGAUUUAUUGCUUAUGACUACUUUUGCUAUAAGGGAUGCAGGUGGUGCUGUGGUCUAAACCACUGAGCUUAGGGCUUGCCGAUCAGAAGGUCAGCAGUUUGAAUCCCCACAAUGGGGUGAGCUCCCAUUGCUCGGUCCCUGCUCCUGCCAACCUAGCAGUUUGAAAGCACGUCAAAGUGCAAGUAGAUAAAUAGGUACCGCUCCGGUGGGAAGGUAAAUGUGUUUCUGUGCGCUGCUCUGGUUUCACCAGAAGCAGUUUUGUCAUGCUGGCCACAUGACCCGGAAAAACUGUCUGUGGACAAACGUCGGCUCCCUCAGUCAGUAAAGCGAGAUGAGUACCGUAACCCCAGAGUCGUUCUCGACUGGACUUAACUGUCAGGGGUCCUCCAGCCCAUUCUUGUAGGCACCAGGGGUGAGCAGCAAACUUCAGGCUCAUGGGUCCUGCUCCUGCUCUUGGUUUAUUAGGAUGCCAGUGAAUGUCAUAGUCCAGCAAUCAGAGUGUGAAACGGUGUCAGGGGAAGGGCAACAUGUGCCUAGAAUUAAGGAACAAGGUGCUUCUUAGCAUUUGCUCAGCCCAGGGCUGUGUUUUUAUCACCAGAUCUAAACUUACAGUCCAGUCCCAGACAAAACUCCACUCCUGGUUUUCCCAAUAAACUUUCUUCAUCUCAAAACACACACACACACACAAAACCUGUCAGGGGUCCUUUACCUUUUUUUUUUACUUUUGCUAUGUUGUAGUUAUGGGUUUUCUUCCAUGUUGUAAGCUGCCUUGAGCAUGGUUUUAACAGUGGAAAGGCAGCAUACAAAUAAAUUUAUGUGUGCAUGUAUGUAUGCAUGUUGCUGUCUGAGGCAGAAUGGUGCCCCCUCCUUGUCAAGUUGCAAAAUACCCCCAAAGAUGCACGGAACUGGCUCUAAGAGGAGAUUUUGCAUUUAAGACAUGGGCCUCCCAGAGAGAGAACAUUAAAUUGUGCAACAAGGAAUUCUUGUGCUCAUGGAACAUUCUGGGUACCAUUACUGUUGAAUAAAAGCUGUAGGGUCCGUCCCCCCCCCGCCCGCCCGCCCGCCCAGAUCUCUCUUUCUGGCCAAGUAUUGUGAGGUUUGUGCUGUAAAUAUUAAAACAAAAACUAGGAGAGAUCAGCUGACAUGAGAGCCUUUUACUCCAUUAUUGUGCUUUGAAAAUGUAUCAACAGACUUGCAAAUAACUCUACACAAUUAAACAGUAAAUUUUAUGCUUGCCUCUGGAAGGCGCCCAGCUUUGAUAGUUUAUUUAAACAAAGAAAUCUGCUCUCUUUGCCCAACUCUGUGAGAAUAAAAAGCCCUCUGGCAAGCACCUUUUCUUUUGGUGUGCAAACAGCCUCCAGCAGAAAGAGGGAAAAGAAGUAUUUUCUCAGGAGAUAAUAUGAUAGCAGGGCUCAGAAAGGAAUGGGGACAGGGAUGGAAGGCCAGCAAAUGCCCUGAGGUCUGGUCCUGGGGGUUCCCUCUGCGUGAGAAUGUCUUUUAUAUCCUUUAAGUCUAUGUACAUAUGCACUGUCUCCUAUACGCAAACAUUCUGCACUCUCUCGCUUGGUCAUUACUAUAUCUCGUGUUAGACCUUGUGCACGUGAUAUGUGCAUGUAAUGGUUACCUUGCUGAACAUUAGCAAGUAGCAGGUUGGAACAGACAGCCAAUUUUUGCUAUGGAAGGCAGCAUCUAAUGUAGCACCACUAGGACCUGUUCACAAAGGAAAGCUUUGCUCUUUCGUGUGCAUCUUAUUGCAUGCAGUGGGGCAAUUGUGUCUCCCAAACUCAUUCUUUUCCUGUUUCGGGUAGGUGAUUGAUUCAGGAAACUGAUACAGUUGGGUAAAUGAUGUGGGGUGACAAGAAAUGUGCUUUUUCGCACCCCAGACCUUUGUGACAAUGGAGUCUGGUGCAAGUGAGAGAAAUCACACCCCAUUUCCCCCCAGUUGUAACCUAUUUUAAGGGGAAUGCAAUCAGGAAAAUGUGAGAGAGGACAAAGUCACCUUGCACCAGAAAUCUAGGUAUGUCAAGCAUCAUAUUAAUGUUGCUAAAAUCACCAAAGAGUGCGUUUCAUGCUGCUCUCUGGUUGGGCCUGCAUAAGGCACCACAGCUGGAAAGAUCAGGGGUCUCAAAUACUUCCCAACAACAAAAAAUUGUAUUCACUGAUUCUACACUAUGUCUUCAUUUGUGAAUAGCUGCAGAUGUUAGCGAAAGAAGGAAUAUUAUGCAGAAAGGGGUUGCGGAGGGGGUGAAGAACAAAUGUUGUAUGUUGCCAAGUGAGUCUGAGAGCAUGAGAAUAGGAAGGAAAGAACCAAUGGGUUAUUUUAGAACUAUACCCUAGUGGGCCUUGCAGAGACCUCACUUUUGCACCACGACUUUGCUUCCUGUUAAGAUCUGCCUAAUCAUUCACUACAGUUUCCUCCUCCUUCAAGCUAUAUUUUCAGUUCUUGCAGUCAUUUAAAAACAGAAAGCAAAAUGCCACUGUCCAUGGUCUCUUCCCACUGGCAGAAGCUCUUGCACUUUCAGCAGCGUCCUCCUAGGCCCCUCCAGUUCUUCAAAAACGCACAUUGGUAAUUCCAGUCAUUUGUAAACUUUUGGGAAUCGCUUCCUUCUCCAGGCUUUCCCUCUCUUUCCAGCUGUGUAUGAGCCUCUCCAUCUUGUCCUGAAAUAACCCUGUCAUUCCUGCCCUGGCCUACCCAUGUACACAACGCUGCUAGCGCCUGUCAAUCCCACUACAGCGUAGGCCCUCUUGCUCCAGGCGUCUGCUCCUCCCCCCUUGAGAUUUCUGCCAGUGCCUCUCUCAACUGCUUUCUGUAAUUUUGGGCCUCCCCUCAGACUUCUCUGCUAUUUUUGCUUUUGGAAACUGCAGCUCUGCCGGUCUUCCUCAGCCCUGAACAGGGAUGUCCUGCCAGUACUCUCAUCUCGACGAGUUUGAGUAAAAGAAAUUCAACUAUUUUGUCCUUUUUCUCUGUCUGCUGCAUUAUUAAGCACCUUCCAGCAGCCUCCUUGCUUCCGCUCUCUCUCAGCUGGUGUGGCUUUUGGUGUCAAGAGGCCCAGCAAACUUAGGCAGAAAUGCCACCCUGAGUUUCCAAGGGUUGUUUGCAAUUUUAAAUUGUAACUAAACUAUACCCAGAAUAGUUUGGAUUCAAAGGGUUGCCUAGGGAAUUCCUGAGAGAUUAAAGUCCUGUGGGUGCUUAUUUCCCUGAAGCUCACUGUGUCCUCCUUCCCUGGCCUACCCAACAAGAGACGCAGCUGAGGAACACCCUGGUUUCUGGCCCCAGCAAAUUUCCCAGAAGACUGGUUUCAGUGCUACAGGCCCAGCCAGGUUUUGGAUUACACGUGGAUCUAGUUCACGCAACCAGCAGAUCAGGUAGUAAACCACUUUCUGGACUUGCACAGCUUCAGACUGACUACAAGUAAGGGAUAAAAUUACUAGAUACUCCUCUGUAGGUUUGCUGGGAGGAAAUACAGUGGUACCUCGGGUUAAGAACUUAAUUUGUUCUGGAGGUCCGUUCUUAACCUGAAACUGUUCUUAACCUGGAGCACCACGUUAGCUAAUGGGGCCUCCUGCUGCUGCUGCUGUGCCGCUGCUGCACAAUUUCUGUUCUCAUUCUGAAGCAAAGUUCUUAACCUGAAGCACUCUUUCUUCUGGGUUAGUGGAGUCUGUAACCUGAAGCGUCUGUAACCUGAAACAUCUGUAACCCAAGGUACCACUGUACCUACAUAUAGAAAACUAGAUGUCAGAGAGAAAGGUGUCUAGCCUUCUUCCUGACAUGCUAGUUUUCUGUGUGUGUGGAUUUCUGUGUGCAAGUUGAAGCAUUCAGUCAUGUGAUCCCAUGCCCCUACGAUCUGAGAAGUAGAAGGGAGAGAAUUAGAUAACUGUGAUCUGUACAAUCAAGAAAAGGUCAUGGCUUGCCAGUAGAGAUUUCUUCAUCAUCUUAGUAUGUGUGUGAAAUGAUGACCAAGUCAGAUACACCACAAGAGAUAAGCGUAUAGCUUAUGGCGUGACUUAAGGGUAUUCCUUUCUGGCUUUGUCCCUAGUUGUCCCUGUUUCCAUGACAACAUUGAUCAGGAAAAAGCGGAGCUUGUGGCAAAGAUGCUGAAUUGGAGCAGCUUCUGAGUUGGAGUGAACAAGGAGGCCUGAAGGACUGAGAAAAUGAGACAAUAAGGUCACGUCUCCCUCGUAAGCACCCCUCUCUGGCCGCAUUUAGGAAGUGCUGCAACAACAUAAUCUCUCUUUUGCUCUGUGGUUUCCUUUCAGCUUCCUGAGAGCCCAUAUGUGGAGAAAUGUAUACAACCCUAAGUACUCAAAACUAUGAAGAUAAAAUUAUGCAAUUGUCAACACAACCAGUUCUGCAAAAUAUGUGAGUGUGUGUUUUUUUAAGGAUCUGGAAUAUUGGUUCCAGUUCUCUCAACAUCAAUACUGAGGCAGGAAGCUAUUGUAAAUGCUUUAAAAAAUGCUAAAUUGGACAAUUGACACUACCUCAGGUUUUGUGGAUCUUUGAAGUGGAUCACUGUGGCGCAAUCCGUAACAAAAAAAAUUUUGUCCUCCCACUGCAUGCCUUAGAAGUCAGAGCUGUUCUCAGGAAUGUGAUUUGGAAAGCUGUUGAAUGGGAGGGGAAUCAUUUUUUUUUACUUUUGAAAUUGAGUUUCUGAAUGUUUCUGGAGUGUUCAGAAGCAAUCAGUCUGCAUAGUCUACAAUAAUUCUAUAGUUUAUCUAGAACAUUAUUGAAUGCUUUCUCUCAACCAGGUCCAGCUAUUAGGGAGAUGAAGGAGGCUUCCUCAGGCAGCAGCUUCUGGUCCAGUUAAAGCCCAUAAUUUGGUUAUUGAAUGUAUUAUGAUGCCUUUAUAGCUGGGCUGGGGAUUUUAUUCUGAGCUGCAUAGGCCGAAAUGCCUUAGCCUGCCUCUGCUAGAGAUAAGCUCAAACAAAAUAUUCCUGCAUUGAAGAAGGCUGGACUAGAUGAUCCCUGGGGUUCCUUCCAACUCUACAGUUCUAGGAUUCCGUGCCAGAAAGGAGAAUACGAUAUAUGAAUGAUGUAGACUGCAGAAUCAAAGCAGCUGCAAAUUGGCCGGUUUCAUCUCCCCUUAGUUUUAACAAUCGUUGAUUAAUCAUCCUUUAUCUCUUUUAAGGUGGCCCCAAUGCCAAAGGAAUGACAAAAUUAGGCCUACUAAAAUUGCACAAAACGGGGAGCAACCUUUUGAGUUUUCCAGGGGCAAAAUAAAUAAAAAAAUUAUUAAUGAAAAUGGAUCCAGGCUAAAUCUGAGGCUGGGACCAUUUUAAUAGUAUCAGUUCCGUAAUAGCAAUUCCUUAGUGCUCAGGAACCGUGGGAACACUGGCCCGGCAUAAUUGUGGAACGUUUUAAUUUCUUCCCGGGUUUUUCUCUUCUGUCUCUGAUUCUCUCCCUCUCCUCCCUCCCCUAUUUCUUGCCGAAGCCCAAAAUGAGAACUCCUAACUAUUUCUUGAGCGUUUUCGCAUUCCCUGAGAAAGACAAGCGGGCUGCGGGGGAGAAAUCCUGGAAUGCUCCCUCCUGGCCGACAUUUCUGGGCUUUGGGGCGUCUCUGAAACAGAGAAAGGAAAGUCCUCCGCCCGAGGCGCGCACACCGAGAUGCAGGGGCGCGUCAGCAGCGCCCCGACGUCGCUCCAGCGGGACCGGACCGGGGCGGGGCCGAAGCUUGAAAUAGACCCGCGCCCGGCCGGCCCCGAAGGAGAGCGAGCAGCCAGCGAGGCGGGCGGGCGGGUUCGCGCAGCAGCAGCAGCAGGAAGCGACGUGCAGCGGAGGCGGCGCCGCAGCAGCAGCAGCAGCAGCAUCAGCGGCGGGCGAGGCGCGUGGCGGCUGCGCAUCCCGGGAGCAGCGGCGCUGCGCCGGCACUUUCUUCUCGGGCGGGCGCGGAGCGGAGGCGCGUGGCGGCAUGGAGAGCAAGAAGGUGAGGGCGAGGCCUCGGCGCAUCUCUCGGAGGCGAGCGGGGGAAAGGGCCGCCGGGCCCUCGAAUGGGAGCUGGGGCUUGGCCGGCUUGGGGAUGGAGCGGCCUGGGAAGACGCGCCCAAGACCCGCUCCGUUAUCUCCCGGUGCUGAGUGCUCGGCGGCCGUGCUUGGCCGCUUUCCCGCCUGGCGCGGGCCCGGUGAGGACGGGCUUCCAGGCGCGCGCCCGGCGGCACAACUGGCUGCUUCCCUUUAGCGCUCAGUAAAGAUGCCUGGCGGAGAUGGGCUUUCGACAGAGCAUUUGGGAUGCGGGCGGGGGCUGCUCCCUGCUGCCCUGAUCCCGGAGGGUGCUCUUAGAGAGCGUCUCUGCCAAGGUCAUUUAGAGGAUGGCAAAGACAUGCCCCUCUUGGAUGCAACAAGUGGUGCCCCUUGGAAGACUGCUCAUUGCCCGAGGGGAGCUUGGACGCCCUUAGUAAAAUGUGGAGGCGGAAGAGCAGAGCAUGGGGAAGGGAGAGAGCAUGCAUGUGCCCGGGAGCGCGCCUGCAGUUGGUGUGGGUUCCACCGUGAGGCUGCCAGGCCUCCCCACCCAGGGCUGCCUUCUGGACAGACAUUGCAGAGGGCAAAUACUGUUAGAUAGUAGCAACACAAUUAUGCUGGAUGGACAGCAGAGGAGACGUUUUUGGACAAAUGUUUCUCAUGGAAUUGCCAAGGCCUCUGCUGUCCUAUGACUUUGCAGUAAGAUAAGGAAGCAGCAGAAACCCCACAGUGAAGUAAUCCAGAUUGUUGCGUUUAAGGGCUGCCACAGGACACUCUUGAGAUGUCAGCCAAUUCAGAGGAGUCUACAGGAAAGCAGAGUUGUAGAAGGAGAAAAGUGAGGCUGCCUGAGGGAGCCUGGCCUGUAGGGAGGGGUGGGGGUGCACGUGCACACACUCACGUACAUACAUGCUAUACACGGUUGAACAGAGGACUGGAAGUAGAAGCCUCAGCCCCUUACAAUUACUUUGUCUUGUGGCUGGUCUAGGCUGAUGUAGUCCUGUGAUUCAGUGUGGGCUGGUAGACAGGAAGUCCUUGAUUCAAAUCAAGCCAUGAGACCAGGGAGCUGGCCUUGGGCAAGCUGGGGCUUCCCAUCUGCAAGAGAGAUGUGGUAAUGACACAGCUUACAUUUCUAAUGGUGAUGGUUACAGAAAUGGGAAGGGCUUUCAACACUGGAAAAAGUGCCAUAUCAGUUGCAAUAAUCAUUUGACUGUUUGCUGGGAGAUCUUAACCCUUCACAGCCAGCUUUGGGGUAUUUACGUACUGUACAUGUUUUUGUGUCUCAUGUUUCCCUUUGCAUUAAAAGAGAGAGGCUACCUAGCCAUAAAGGCAGGAUAUCUGUGUGCCAGGAUCCCAUCCCUACCAAAAUUUGUGGAAAACAGGGUGGGGAGAUUUAAAGCACAGAAGCUGUAGACAGGUGGGGCCAGGGUGGUUUUUUGGUUGUUGUUUUUUGGUGGAGAUGCUGGGGGGAUGAAGUGGGGCAAGGGCGUUGAAUCGCUUCGCCACCUUCACUAUUUUCUCCAGAGCAAACCUCUCUCCAAAAUGGGGGUGCCUGACCCAUGACAGAUUCAGGAAAUCUGUUUUGGGAGCACAUGAAGUGAUGAGGUGCGCUUGAGGUUUGUUACAAUUUGGGAUGCAGGUAUAUUUGGGUGGGAUCUACAGGUUUCAGGGGCUCCCACUGGACUGGGCCCACACAUUCUGCUGUGCUGUGUCUCACCUAGCGGCACAAAAGUCAUGCAGUACCUGCAAGUAGAUGGGCACACUUUAAAGGCCUGUGCCCACAUAUAUAUACAGAUGUGCAGACAUGCAUCACUGCUGCCCCUCCACAGCAUCCAAUCUAUCUUCUCAGAUUUCAGCCCCAGAAAGCCUGGGAGAAUUCUCCAGUGCUCUUGUCAUGUGGUCUGGAUCAGAAUCCAUGCCGUAAUAAAAAACGGUCACAAAUAGCAAAUCACACAUCAAAUUAAAACAGCCCUCCGAGGGAUUGUGCAAGUUGUAGAAGCUUGACAGUAACAGGGGGGGACAGGGAGGUCAUCUUUUUAUAUCUUUUCCAGUAACUACCCCCCCCCCCAAACUGCCUGGGGCCUUACCUGUGGCAAUUCCAAUGCAUGUGCUGGAGGAAGGGCUAAAUUGUCUGAUCUGUGGGAGAUUAAUGUUUUAAUUUUCUUCCAAUCCUGGAUAAGGUAAGGAAGAAAGGUUAACAAAUCCUGUGUUGGGCUCCAUUAGCCUGCUUUUCUUUGUCCUUCAGCACAAGCAUAUUCAGGAAAUCCUCAAGGAAGAACUUGUGUGUUGUGUGUCUGAUUUGAUUUUUACCCUUUAAGUGCUUGAAUGUUUUCUCCCAGACACAAGCUUCACCAGCUGUUGCCUAGGGAGGGAGUCAGCCAUUUUGAGGAGUUAACAUUUGCAGACAGCCAUCAAUUCAACAAUUUCCCACAAGUGUCUUUUUAUUAUUCUUCCUUUAAAAAAAAAAAUUGUGGUGACUUAGCAGUGUGUAAUGAAGAGCUGAAUGAGAAAUAUAAAUGCUCUUGGAUUAGAAUUUUUCUGUUGGGGUAAUGGUUCUCUGUAUUUCCUGCACUUUUUUUGUAGUGUCUACAAGUUGCAUUAUUUCCCAAGCAGAAUGGGUAACUUGGAAAGCAUUUCUCAUUUUUACUCAUUGAUUUCUAAGAAACCUUGGAUUGAGAUUGCUGCUUGUUCACAUGGGAAGCCAAUUGGGAAAAUGUGAAUUAACUGUUUUCUCUCCUUCCCUUCUAUUGCAGAAGAUAACGUGCCCGCUUGUCACUGCUGUGCUUGUUGCUGUCAUUGGAUCUCUCCAGUUUGGGUACAACACGGGAGUCAUCAAUGCUCCUGCAGCGGUAAGACUAUGUGCUGUGGGCUUUUAGGGGCUCCAUCACUGUCCUUGCCUUUAGUGACGACCAGGAAGUUGAGGAAGCCAUGAAGGGUACAAGAAGCAGAGGGGAAAUAAAUCAAAUCAUGGGGCACAGAAAUGUAGUAGUCAUGGAGACAGGGGAGAUGAAACUCAAGAACAAUUGACACCUGAUGUAUCCUUAACUAUUGUGCGUAUGAGGAAGAAAUAAAAAUAGGAUACAGUCUCUCCGGGAAGGAAGAGUGGUCCGAAUCCUCAUGCCUAAAUUCCACCAGCCACACAGGGAUUCCUGGCUUGAUAUCUGGUAGUCCAGACAAAGAAUGUAAAGCAUGGGUGUCACAGUGAUGGUAGCGCUAAACCUGCAACCAAACCCCAUAUUUCGAGGUAUUUCCGGUUCAAACUCCUCUUUAGCUGUUAACACCUUUCCAGAAAAAGGACUUGUUGUGUGAUAAAUGUAAUGGCCCUUCUUUUUGGUUGCAUGGGAUGCAAAGGUUUCCCCCAGUUCUGUUAGGGGGAUAUCAAUUUUCCUAGCAACCUAUUAUUGCUGACCAUUGCCUGAAAGUGGUCGUGCCCAUGGAAUCAGCACGGCUCAUCCUGUAAGGAGGGGAAGAACUGUGAAGAAAAUCUAGGAAAAACUACAGAUUACAACUCAUUGCCUGUUUUCUGACCUGGCCUUGAGGAAGGGGGAAAUUCAGAGCUUACAAGGGGCGUCAUAAUAUAAAAGCUGGGUAAACUCAGUUGGUAGAGCACGAGACUCUUAAUCUCAGGGUUGUGGGUUAGAGGCCCAUGUUAGGCAAAAGAUUCCUGCAUUUCAGGGGGUUGGACUAGAUGACCCUCAUGGUCCCUCCCAAAUCUAUAUUGCACACAUGUGCAUGCGCACACACACACACGUUAGGUGUUUCUGCCCUGCCUUUCAAACAGAUUCCCAGGACAGCUUCCAAGAAAAUUGGCAAAACUAGCAAAAAUACACAGAGACAAUAUACUAAACACAGCAAAAUCUGCAAUAUCCCUGCUCUAGGAUGGCCAAAACAUAAAAACGGCCAUACCAGGAUUGUUGGUGCUAUAAAGAGAGUUUUGUUGCAGUCGGAUGACUGAGGUGGGGACAGUGGGAGAAGAGCAGAUUUGAUGCUUAGAAUUGGGGUAAGAUUAAAUGAUUAACCUCCCAGGGACACACAUCUUUGGGGAUUUUUAUUUACAGUAUUCCACUCAUAUCCCACCUUUCCUUCCAAGGCGCUCAAGGGGCAGAAAUGGCUCUCCCCCUCAUUUAACCCUCACAACAACCCUGUGAGGUAGGCUGGAGGCAGUGGCUGGCAUCCAAGGUCACUCAGUGAGCGUCAUGGCCUAGUGGCGAUUUGAAUCUGGGUCUCCCAGGUCCAAGUCCCGACCCCCUCAGCGUGACACUGGUUGGAGGGGGAAGGAAGGUAGCUGUAAUAAAUGGAGGACCGCCAGCUGCUGAGUCACAGUGAGGGCACAUCUGCUUGAAGGAAGAAAGGGAGGGAGGGAGGGAGGGCCUGGCGCACAGUGCAGAGCUGAGAGAUGCUCCGGUUUCCCAUAAGAGUCUCUUCUACUUCAGCCCCCACCUCUGGCUCCAAUCCUGUAACUAUCACCCCCUUCCCCUUACAGUUAUAAUUCUUACCCAUCUUUUCUCGAUCUUCAUAUUUUCAAUCUUCAUGCAGUAGUAGAGCAAGUAAGACACCUCAGAAUUGCACCAUUAGAUUAAGAGGGAGAACCGGGGAAGUGUGUGGGUUUGGGUUUUUACAGAAUGAAUGACUCACUUGCACCAUGCGCACCCGAGAUCUGAAAAUGCAGAAACCACAGGCGUCUGUUCUUGCGCUCAUGCUUAAGGUCCUGCUGCCAUCUGGUGGCAGUGCAGAAGAUGGCUGCCUCCUGUCCACUGACCCUGCUGCCCUCUUUCCUCAUGUUGACCGGAACCAUUUGCACCUGAACACUUUUUCAAAUAUGUGAAAGGGUGGGUGGGUGGGUUUCUUGUGGCUUUAGUAGUUGUGAGUGCAGAAGAUGGAAUUUCAGCAGACACAGCUAUUACCUCCUUUCAGGUCUGACUUUAUCAGCCAAAAGCCUCUUCUCUUUACAGGAGCUGUGCAUGUAUCAGAAUGUAGAUUUGUAUGACUCUAUUAAUUAAAUGUCUGUUUAAUUCAGUGGAUUGAAAGAUAAGGUCCAAUAUUAUGUGAUAAAAUAUACCUGUUUAAAGCUAUAAGCCAAUGUACUCUUACCUUUGAGAAGCAUUUGAGAACUGCUUGCUUGAGAUUUGCCAUGCCUCAAAAGGAGGCAGUGUCUUCACUCCCCAUUUCUUAACUUUUCUAGAAUAGUUUUCACUCUUUCUACCUCCAGGGGACAUUUUACAUGUUGAAUUACCUGCAACAGAUAAAUAUUAUUAUUUUUUUUUAAAAAAGAAUUACCUGCAACAGAUUUCCUGUACAUUGCAGACAUUAGAAUGCACACUCCGUAUUGGCCUGACCUAUGGCAAGGAGCACGGGGCUUUCAGGAAAGCUUGUCUGCCAUUGUGUAUGUUCUUGCGGAGUAAUUCCUGAUUUAAACUUCCAGUAAAGCAAAGGUUCCUUCCUUCCUUACUGUUGGAAAACUACUGCCCUGGAACCGUAAAAGUAUUUCUCCUGUCUUGAACCAGAUUCACUUAAACAUUCUUAGAAAAGUAUUUAACUUUUAUACCACUCUAUAUAUCAAGAAGCUUUUGAUUUCUGUUCUCACCUCAUUCCUUUAGUACAAUUCCAAAGUUUUCUUAACACAAUAUCCCUGGUAUGUGGUUGUAACUCAAUACCUAUGGAGUGUUUUUUUCUUCUCUCACAGGUUAUCAAAGAAUUUUUUAAUGAAUCAUGGAUAGAGCGGUCAGGCGCCCCGAUGUCCGAACCACUGCUAACCUCACUAUGGGCACUCUCUGUGUCAAUUUUCUCAGUAGGAGGAAUGCUUGGCUCUUUCUCUGUUGGACUUUUCGUCAACCGAUUUGGCAGGUACGUUGGGGGAAUAUUCUGGACUACGGAGCAGUUUCCGCCUCCAUUUUGAAGAACAAGAAGGGAUAAGAGGAAAUUAGCUCCAUUACAGAAUGGACAGAGAAUUCAAUUCCAUAAUGAUCAUUGUGUCACACUUUGGGGGAAUGUCUAGUAUGGAAGUACUAAGAAGGCAACUUGCCCUACCAGAAAGCAUAUUUUGGGCAGCAUAUUUUGGGUGCCAUUAAGGACAACAAAUUGCACAGGCAGAGGGGAACAAUGGAGCCCAAUCCACCAGGAAGAGCUUCUGCACAGGCCCCCUCGAAACGAGUCUGCUUUGUUCUCCAGUGUGGUUUCUUUGCACAUGAGAAUGUCCCAGUGAUGGAUUAUGACCCAUAUUAAUUAGGGGUGCAUGGUGCCACUUGGAUUUUCUGUUUGAAUAAGUAACACCACUUUGGGCAUAUUUAUAUGGAAAAGCGGUAUAUAAAUUGAAAUAAUGAUACGAUUUUUCCCCUCCUGUGCAGGCGAAACUCUAUGUUGCUGGUGAAUAUUUUGCCCAUUUCAGGAGGCAUUUUGAUGGGCUUCUCCCGAAUGGCAAACGCUUUGGAAAUGUUUAUUGCUGGCCGGCUUGUUGUUGGUAUCUACUGCGGCCUCUGCACUGGCUUUGUGCCCAUGUAUAUCAGUGAGGUCUCCCCCACUGCCUUGCGAGGAGCUUUUGGCACACUGAAUCAGCUGGGUAUUGUCGUGGGUAUCCUGGUGGCACAGGUAAGGAUGAUUACAAAGCCACGCAGCUAAGUGGUUCAUUGGUAUUGCUGGAAGGGAGUUAAUGACCAGGUCCCAACUCUGUGCACCUGGGAGUAAUCCCUGUUGAGGACCAUGGACUUAAUUCUAAAUUAAACAUGCAUAAGAUGGGUUCAGUUGGCUACUUGGAAAAUAGUUUAUGGCUAGUUGAUAAGGCUGCUGGCAGGGACUGUCUUGUUUUGUUAUUGACCUCAUGUAAGUUACUCUGGGGGGACUCGGGUGGUGCUGUGGUCUAAACCACAGAGCCUAGGGCUUGCCGAUCGGAAGGUCUGUGGUUUGAACCCCCUUGACGGGGUGAGUUCCCAUUGCUCAGUCCCUGCUGCUGCCCACCUAGUAGUUCGAAAGCACAUAAAAGUGCAAGUAGAUAAAUAGGCGGGAAGGUAAACAGUGUUUUUGUGCGCUGCUCUGGUUUUGCCCUGUGGUCAUGCUGGCCACAUGACCCAGAAAAACUGUCUGCAGACAAAUGUCCGCUCCCUCGGCCAGUAAAGCGAGGUGAGUGUCACAACCCCAGAGCCGUUCACGACUGGACUUAACUGUCAGGGGUCCUUUACUUUUUAAAAGUUACUCUGGGAGCUUUUUUCAGAUUAAAGCUGAAUGUGCUUAAAGUAAAUGAAUGAGGAUUCAUUCAGGAAAGGAGAUGCUACAUUACAAAGAAUCAUUCCUUCCUAUCAUUGAACCUGGGUGGAGUUCUGUAGAGGUGGGCUAGGGAUCAUCAACAAACUACCAUUCCUCGUGGGAAGAAUCCAUGCUUCUUUAUGGGAAGCCAUAGAUUGUUAUAAACGUCUAGUUAUGCUGCACGUAACUUUCAGUUUCUGGGAAUAUAGCUCAUAAGCGUUUUGUCUUGUCUUUCUCUCCACCAACGUCUACAAUCAGGUCUUUGGCCUAGAUGUCAUCCUGGGAACUAAAACUCUCUGGCCAUUGCUGGUCGGACUCACUGUUGUCCCAGCCGUCUUGCAGUGUGUAGCACUGCCCUUCUGUCCUGAGAGCCCACGAUUCCUGCUGAUCAACAGGAUGGAGGAAGAGAAAGCGCAUGCAGGUAACCACCGAGUAAUGAAGUGAUCCAAUCCCUUGGCUUGCAGCAGCGUAGCCUCUUCAUUAUCCUUAUGGGUAGCUCACAGGACAGUCUACUCCCUUCCAGAAGCUAUAAGGGGAACUGCAACUACCACACACUACCAUCACCUUUCUUGUGUACGUCCCAUGAUGUUCUGUCCGCACUAUUGGCCAUGCAUAGCUAUGAAGUAUAGAAGAAGGUACUGCCCACUUGAGCAGCCAUUUUUUAAAAAUGGCAUUUUAUUGAUUAAAUGCUGGUUACUGAGGCAGCAUGAUUUUAAAACUGAUUUUCAAAAUGAGCACUGAUGCUUUUUCAUCUGAGCGCUACUGCAUAAAUAAUUGUAAUUUUUAAAAGAAUUAGCCAAAAAGAUUAGUAAAACAUUAAAAUGGGAGCCACUGGAAAGAUAAUAGGUUCACCUGCCAAACUGUCACUACCCACAUCAAAACCACACCUCUAGAAGGUAGCAUCGAGAACCGCCAACACCUGCCGUGAUUGCUGUAUUGUUAGAUUCUUUUCUCUAAUUAUCAUAUUUUCUGAGAAAAAUCUGAUUGAGAAAACAGUACAACGAAAACAUAGAAGCAUGGAAAUCCUGGCUGGCCCUUUCAAUUCCUCUUUGUCUUGUCUUCUCCAAAACUUGAACUGGACUCAGUCAAGUUGUUUUGUGGGUUGUGUGAAUGGUUUCUGUUUCACAGAGGGACAUAAGAAACCCAGAAUAUUCCUGGGUCUUGCCAUAAGGUUUGCUUCUGUGCCAGUACCUGCCUGCAAUGGGAAAAUGCAGAAACAUGAGUAGAAAGGGGAAAGUCUGAGUGUUACCCAUAGGAUUUUUUUGGGAAUUCCUUCCUGGAUCUGUGAGGGUAUCAACUUGCCUCAACUAUGAAUGGAAGCAUCUCCAGGUGUGGGAGAUCUCAGCCUAAUUACAGUCGUUGACAUAUUAUAGCAGGCAUGGCCAAACUUUGCUCUCCAGCUGCUUUGGGACUCCCAUCAUCCCUAGCUAAUGUGACCAGUGGUCAGGGAUGAUGGGAAUUGUAGUCCCAAAACAACUGGAGGGCCAAGUUUGGCCAUGCCUGUGUUAUAUCUCUCUCUCUCAAUGUACAUGAGAGAACAAUGCCAUAAGCAAGAGAAACUGUCCCCUACUGAGAAUUUGAAUUUAGCCAAUGGGGAAAGCAGCAAGGAAAAGUGGAGAGAGAAUCAAGAGGCAGCAAGAGAUCUGUAUUUGUGAGCAAAUACAGUUAAAAAUACUUUGAUUUUGUUAAAGUUGGUGAUGAGGAUUAAUGGGUUAGACCAAAGGCCAGUUGACCUCAUGAGUUGAGCAGAAGAAUAGACUAGGCAGCUGGCUUCAUCGUCACGAAGAAGUGAACUCUCAGGGUAGGAGGACAUUAUCACUGUCGCGUUGUGCAUAAUUCUAAUGUUUGAUUCCUCCUGCCAGUUCUCCAGAAGCUCCGUGGCACCCAAGAUGUGUCGAGUGAUAUUCAGGAGAUGAAAGAAGAGAGCGCCAAGAUGUCUCAAGAGAAGAAAGUGACCAUUUCUGAGCUCUUCCGUUCCCCCAGCUACCGCCAGGCCAUCAUCAUUGCCAUUGUGCUUCAGCUCUCCCAGCAGCUGUCCGGCAUCAAUGCAGUAUGUUGCUUUCUUCUGAGCGCAUUCCCUGAGCACUUUUCUCUUGCAGCCAAAUACUUUUGCCAUGCAGAAGGAGGCGGCCAUGUUCUAAAUUGCUGGCUGUGUGGAUGGGCCAGUUCCUGUUGGAGCUCAUCUUUGAAGCAGAGAAUAGUGAUUAUGGGCUUGUAGGAGAACCUUAGUCACAGUAACUGAGGCCCCAGUCCCUGGAUAUAAAAGUAGGAACAGCUGCAAUCCACAUGAAAGGACUGUUAUGAGGCUUAAAGAUAGCAGGGGAUUUUGUUACCUGCCCUCAAUCUUAGCAACAGUUAAGCAAUGCAGUGGUCAAUCCUGCGCACACUUACGUGGUCAGAAUUCCCAUUAUACUCUGUGAGAUUUGCUUCUGAGUCAAUAGGCACCAGGCAAAAACGUUCCUUUAUAACCAGGCCUUUGGUUGACAUCCUAUGCCCUUUUAAAAUGUGGCUGUUUCUUUGGGGAGGGGUGUUAUUGGGUUGUUGUUAUACUUUGAUUAUAUAGUGGUUUUUAUGUUGACCUUUUCUGUGAACCACCCUGAGACCUCUGGGUAUAGGGUGGCAUAUAAAAUGAAUAAAUAAUAAUGAAUAAUAAUAAGAUAGACGUUGAAUUUCCCUGCUUAGCAUUAAGAACAAGGUGAGCUCCAGACACCAGCAGUGACAAAUAUUUAUCUGCCUGUAGGUCUUUUACUAUUCUACUGAGGUUUUUGAAGAUGCUGGAGUGAAACAGGCGGUGUACGCUACCAUUGGUGCCGGUGUGGUCAACACCAUCUUUACAGUUGUAUCGGUAAGUAGUCUUUGGCAACAUGGCAUUCAUGUACUUUAUAGCUGAGUCAAAGUCUCCCCUCUCCUUCCCUUUAUAUUUAUCUUUAUAUCUAGAACAAUAGGGAGGGAGGUAAAUAUAUGGCUAGAAUUCAGGGUGGGUACUCAGUCCUGUGACCCUGUGCUUAAUUGUUCUCCCCACUGGGCAACAUUUUCUUUUCGAAACAGGGAGCGUUGCUUCCUUCUCCUUCCUUCUUUCCCGAUUGUGUUGCCCUGAAGCCAGAUCUGCCUGUGGGCAGGAGGCAGUUUCCUCGUUUGUCCCUGUCACGAGAGAGGAUGGAAUGCUGCUGCUGCUACAUGGGGAAUAACAGGGUCGCCCCUGUUUGCGUUCCUCCCCACCCCCACAAGCACGGAAAUGUUUCCCAGCUAUAGAACAGCAAACUCGGAGGUGGCGUUUCUUGUCUAACCAAAGUGACUUCAGAUAUUAUAGCAGUACUACUUGAGCUAUGAGUUUUAAUUCAGUUCGUCAGUUGGCCUUUGUUCUCAUGGGUUAUCAGAGUAGAAAAUGAAAAGGGUAGUUGUUUUUUAUAUAUUUGAAUGGUCUAUCUUUAUAUAUAUUAAAAAUGACUGGUAGUCUUUGCUUAUUAAAGUGUUAGGGUACUGUUUCAGGGUUGGGGGAUGGAGAAGAGAUUUCAGUUAAGUUGGGAUGCAAAUUCACAGGACACUUCACCAGCCUGAUGGUUGUUAUGAUCAUCAUUCAGUUACAAAAGGUAGUAGGUCCAGUCACAGACAACUCUGGGGUUGUGCGCUCAUCUCGCUCUGUAGGCCGAGGAAGCUGGCGUUUGUCUGCAGACAGCUUCCAGGUCAUGUGGCCAGCAUGACUAAGCCACUUCUGGUGAACCAGAGCAGCACACUGAAAUGGUGUUUACCUUCCCGCCAGAGCGGUACCUAUUUAUCUACUUGCACUUUGAGUGCUUUUGAACUGCUAGGUGGGCAGGAGCAGGGACCGAGCAACGGGAGCUCCCCCCAUCGCGGGGAUUCGAACCGCUGACCUUCUGAUUGGCAAGCCCAAGGCUCUGUAGUUUAGACAAACUCUGAAGAGGAGGCAGUGCUUAAGUUUGGAGAGAGCGCUUGCCACCAAAAGCAACAUUUUAUUUUUCUUCCCGUUUCCCAGCUCUUCCUUGUGGAGCGCGCAGGCCGCAGAACACUCCACUUGAUUGGCUUAGGAGGCAUGGCCAUCUGCGCCGUCGUCAUGACUAUUUCCUUGGCCUUGAAGGUAAGCCGUCACCAUCCCCACUUCCUGGUGCGUCCGCAGUGUCUUUGGGGUCAAAACGGAUCAGGCAUACAUGCAAGUGUAAUGAAAAGACAGGAAAUGGCUUGCAGGUUGGAAUCAUUAUAAUAGUAUUGCAGCUGAUUUCUCACAGGCCAGGAUGUACCCUAGUCCACUAGCAAGCAAGACAGCCACAACCAGAUCACCCUUAUUUUGGAGGUCAUGGUUCCCCCCUCCCCAUGUUGUCCUCACAACAACCCAGAGGCUGAGAGGCAGUGACUGGCCCAAGGUCACCCAGUGAGCUUCAUGGCUGAGUGGGGGUUCAAUCCCAGGUCCUACUCCAACCCUCUAACCAUUGCUGGUUCUCAUAGGUGUGCUUAUUUGCUUCAGGCUAUUGCUUCUCACAGGCUUGGCUCAAAGGUUUUUUGCAGGGAAAAAAUGCAGGUAGCUUGCACCUGGAUUCAGAUCUAGUCUUGAGUCGGGAAAUCUGGCGGCUGGGUUUUUCUUUCUUAGCUUCAGGCCCCUUUCUGCAAAAUAUAAAUGAAAAUGAAGCAGAUACAGAUUCAGACUCUAAAAUACUUUGCAAGACACAGGCAUGUUUGCACUCUUCUGUCUCAAAAUUGCUAACUGCUGUUAAUUCUCUUUCUCUUUGUAACAGGGCAUUGUAUCCUGGAUUGGCUACGUCAGCGUUGUUGCCACGUUAGCCUUUGUGGCUCUCUUCGAAAUUGGCCCUGGCCCAAUCCCCUGGUUCAUUGUGUCUGAACUGUUCAGCCAGGGGCCUCGUCCCGCAGCUGUGGCUGUAGCUGGCCUUUCCAACUGGACGUCCAAUUUUCUAGUGGGCAUGCUGUUUCCGAUCCUCAAGGUAAGAGAGUUGCUUUGAGCAAUGUAUCACGAGCUGUGUAUUGGGUAGUUAACAGCAUAGCCAAAUCACAAUGUCAGGCUCCUGUCCCAAGGAGUUCUCAGUCUAAAAUCGAAUAGAAUGAGAAAGGUCAGAGGGCAAGCAAGGGCACUGAGAGGUGAAAAUGAGCAAACAAGAGUUUGUCACACUUGAGAAUAGUGGUUCGGAGGAGCUUUAGUGAGUGGUUUGCUGGUGUGAUAACAUUUGGGAAAGUGUUUUCUUUGCAACUUGCAAGGAUUAAAAUAGGCUUGCAUUGGCAUGAUACACGUCCGUCCGGUUGUGCAGGAGCCCCACGCAGAGCCUGGAAUUUGGCCUAUGCAUACUGCAUGAAUGGGAAUGAGAGGGAGAGAGGAGAAAGAGGUUUCUGGAUGCCCUGACCUGUCAUCCCUUCUCCUAUUGGUUGCUCAGUUAGCAGCCACACACACAGGUCAACUUGGGCCAAAGCUCUUUGCUUUUCUUGUGAACCCUCAAGUGGCCAAGUCCUCCUGGUCUGAAAAAUGCCGCAAUGGGAAGGCUUCCUGCCACAGGGCAUGUAACAGCCGCAGAACUCAGGGCAUGAUGUAGGAGAGCUAGUGAGAAGCAUGUGCUACACGCAGAGGACUCUGAUGAUGGACCCCAUAGCUAUGUUUUUCAUUUCAGGCCUGUGACCUUACUGAGGUAUAACUCUUUCUCUUUUCUCCCUCGCAGAAUGUCCUCAAACAUUAUGUUUUCCUCAUCUUUGUUGGUUUCCUCAUCUUCUUCUUCAUCUUCACCUUCUUUAAAGUCCCUGAGACAAAAGGCCGGACUUUUGAAGAGAUCUCCAGUGGCUUUGAAAGGAGAAGAGAGGAUGGUAUUUUUCCAGCAACCAUGGAAAAGGGGCCAAUGGUGGAACUGACUAGCAUACAGCCCACUAAAGAUGUUGCACCAAAUAUUUAACAAUGUUCUGUUCUUGACACUUUCUCGGUUCUGAGGAUAAUCCUCACAGGGGGGAAGCAGAGAUACUUUUUUAAUUGCUGCUAUUUCUUCAUUUCCCCGUCAGCCUUUCCUUGUGUGCCAAGACUCUUGCCACAUGCUAAAACAAGUUAAAUGCAGGGAAACUUGCCUUGCUUACAGUGCGGGAAGGCAAUACGGCUUUAUCAUUCUCCCUACAUUGCUCCUUUCCCUGUCACUCAUUCAUAGAGACCUAAGAAAUGGCUCCCUCCCCCGCCUCUAUUUAAUACAUUCUCCUUGCAUCAUUACAUGGGGCUAACCCUGUAUAAGGGGGUUCUGGUCAUUUACAGCCUUGAAGUAAAUUAUUUUCCUGUAAGUGAACUGAUGGCUUCUCCUAUGGUCCUUCUCUUGCCAGAGUGUUUUCUACAGUGUGGAUGUGGGGAAUGGCUGCCCAGAAUUAUUUAAAUCAUGGGUGUGCAUGGGAAAGAGCUAUUUAUUUCAUCAAAUGGGAGUUUGCUUCAUCUUCGGGAAAUAGGGAUAAAGAGAAAAGUCCCGCCCCCUUUUGUACUAUUCGAGAAAAAUUGUUUACUAGAGUUUAUUUAUUCCUGUGUCAUUUUGCUUGUAAAUAUUUAUUUUUAUGUAGAAUAGAAGGAAGUGUGGACUGGGAAUCACUAUGACUGUCAAAGCAUUUUGGUGGUAGGCAGUGAAAUACCAAAGAGGAAAAGGUCACUCUGUAGGUGGUGUACGGUCCUGCGGAGAUUGUGCUUAUCACUUUUUAAGGGUCUACUGUGCUGUUAGGAAAACUGAGCCGUGGAGAGAACAAGCCUGUAGUUCUAUGGACGCUUCUGUGCUUACCAGACUAUUUGGUGAAUGUGUUGAAUACCUGUCGUUAAGUAUUACUUGAACAUUGUAAUGCUAAAGUAAAGAAGGCAUUGCAACUUGAUGGAUUCAGUCAUCCCAUUUCCAGCUUAUAGGCUGGAGGCCAUUUCUUGUAGUGAUUUUUUAAGACAUGAAUGAAUGUCCUGUGGCUGCUAAUGUGUGAACGUAUUAUUCAGGAAGGGGGACAUAAAUGUCUUAUUUCGAGACCCAUCCAGUCUUUAUGGACAUCAGUAUUUGUAGGGUCUCCUAAUUUGCAUUUGCAAUAUGAGAACUGAACCUUUCUGUGAGGGCAUCCACCUCACACUCUGCACUAGUGAGAAGUGAAAAACCAUCUCUGGAGGCCUCUCUGUAGGUUCCCCUCCAUUCCUCUUCUUUUCGAAGUAGACACAAUUCUGUAUCACAUUUUCAAGCAUAUUAGGGUCCUGGAAUUCACAGUGUCUCUUAAAGGCAUUGUGAAGUAGUAGGAUGACAUUGACCUACUGUGUCUUGUGGCAGUCAUGAUAGUUUAGUGGUUUGUUCUCUCUCUCUCCGUCUCUCUUUUUAAAAAGAGUAACACAACAGAUGGUAUUUAUGAAAUUGAAACGAAACUAGUUUUCCAAAAUGUAUUUUUGUAAUUAAUUAUUUUAUUAUUAAAUGAAGUAUGUGGCAAUUUAUUGACAAGAAAUAGCUUUGGGCUGCAGACGAUAGAAUGUAGGAAUAGAGACUAAAGCUACUAAAACUGGAUACUAAAAAGUUGUAACCCCAUUUAUCUGAAGAGCCUGAGAUCUCAAAUAUUUGUUAGCCAGAACCAGGGCUUAUUUUACUUGAGAUUUCGCUAACUCUCGUCUUGCGGGGAAUGUUCUGUUACAGGUACAGAUAUAUGACGUAGUGCAAUAUGCUAGCAUUAUGUUUGUUUUAAUUCAUUCCGCUUGAAGAGGAAGCCAGUAUGUAUUCAUGAUCUCUUCCCUGUUCAUGCUCAUUAACCCAGUGGGACAAUGUCCAUACUCAGUGACUGCAUGGGAAGAUGUCUACCCUAUAAUCUUAAACCAGUAGUAAAAUAAUACUGUCUCCCUCACCUCUCCAGGGGAACCCUGGGAACUAUUGCUUUGUGACAUCAUCCCUAGUAUGAUGUGGUCUUCCUUGGGGCAUUGAACUUUGGGAGGUUUUGAAGGAAGUGAGUGUCUACUGUCUUGGGAGUACCUGUUACAUUCUUAGCUUGGAAGAGCCUCACUUCCAGAACAACUGAAAAGAGAUUGUCAUAAACACUGGAAAUUGUUACCAUCCGUUUAUAUUGAUUAUUGCGAAUUAUCUUCAUGUUGCUUCUUUUUGCUGCUCAGCCUGUUACAUAAAACUCUUGAGGGUAAUGAGAUGGUGGUUGCAGUAGGAUGCCUGCAAUCACCCUGAAGCAAGAGAGGGACUGGCAGUCCCCAAACUUUCCCUCAUGGCUUGAAAUAUUUGGCAUCCAGUAAAGGCAUGAAUAGCCUGUUUUGACACAAUCUCCUUGGGCUUCCAAGAUGGAUGGAAGCCUCUUUUUGUGCAGCAGAAGAGGAGAGGCAGCUUCAAGUGUCAAGCAUUGUGGUUACACUCUUUUAAAAAUCCAUAAUUUCUUUACCCAAAUAUCUAUCCCCUCACAUCCACUCCCCAUUUUUGAAUCCUGCUUUCUCUUUUUUUGAGUUCACACUUCUUUUUAUUUUUUGACCUUCAGUCCCGUCCCCCCCAGCAUCUCUUCCAAAUGGGGUGGCAAAAGCAUUCCUGACCUUGCAUUCCACACUUCGUGCAAUGCCUUGGGUUGAAAUUGUGUAACUCACUUGUUCCUUUUUGUUUUCUGUACUGUGAAUAUUUCCAGUGGGUUUUAUAAUUUUUGUUAUUGUGAAUGUGUUGGAUGUUUUUAAAAUAAAAGGUUUCGGUGGAAAUACUGCA